UUAUUUUUAGCUUCUUUAAAAAUAAAUUAAAAAAUAAUAAAUUUAGAGAGAAGAAUUUAUUAGUUUUAAUAAAUUUAUUUUUCUCGCCCUCUUUAUCAUAAAAUAAUAAAAAAAUUUUUUUUUGAACAUACUCACGUACACAAAUGUUUUUUUUAAUACCCCAAUAAAUAUUUUUGUUUCGAACCAAAAAAAACUUUUUUUUUUCGAAAGAGAACUAAAAAAACUUUCUAUAGUAUAGUACAGUGUCUUGAAUUUCGCGCUCAAUUUUUUUUUAAUUUUUAUUUGAAUAUUUUUUUUCUUACAUUAUUAAUUUAAUAUUUAUAGUUAAGUUGUUAAAAAAAAAUUUUUUUUAAUAUAAUCAGCAAUUUAUUAAAUUAAAAAUUUAAAAAAAAAUUCAACAACAACAAAACAAUACUGAUAAUUUUAUAGGAAAUGUCACAACAAGGGGUAAAUUUGAAAAAAAAAUAGUUAAAUUAAAUUUUUUAAAAAUUAAGGUAAGAUUAAAGGUAAAAAUUAGAAAAUAAAAAGGAGGGAAAAAAUAAUAAUUAUUUAAAAAUGAUUUUUUUUUGUGCCGUUCCCGAAGGUCUUUUUUGGGGUAAAAGUGAGACGGAUAGAAGGGAUUCUUCCUUUACUAUAAAUAUUUCUCGUCCAUCAUUUUUUUUCAAAAAAAAAAAAGAGUUUUUUUUUCCUUCCUCGUUUACAAAUCUUUUCUCAUUAUCAUCAUCCUAUAUCCAUUUUUCUAUAUUUUUAUUAAAUACUCAAUCAAAAAACGAAAAAAAAAAUUUUUUUUUCGCUGCGCAAAUUGGGUAGCGGUAAAAAAGAAAAAUAAAUAAACUUUCUUUUGAAGGAUAAAAAAAUAAUAUAAUUAUUUUUUAUCUGAUUAAUAUCUCUCUCUAAUAUGUAAAAAGAAACUUUUUUCCUAUUUUUCUUAAUUAAAAAAAAUCUUGGAAAGGAGGAAUAUCGCCAGCCCAAGGUACUGCCAAGCUAUUAAACUUGGUUCAAAAAUUUUUGAAUCAGAAAUGCCCUCAUUCUUUAAUUUCCUUCCCUUAAUCCCCCACCCCUUCGAUGCCCUUCUUCUAGAACAUUGAAUAAUACCAAAAGGUCCCGGAUUCGACAAUUUCAUUCCAAGUUAUAGCUUAAGGGGACCUUGAAGUACAUACCAGGGGUGUAGCUCGUCUCGGUCUCUCAGAAGUGCAUCUCUUGUGUCUCGUAUUUUGUGGCACGAGCUGCACUCCGGGUUACACCCUCCCCCUAUUGUCUGCCUUCUUUCUCUCGUUUUGAAUUUUUUUUAAUCUUUAAUUUUAUUUUUGCACUUUAUAAAAUUAAAGAAUUUUUGUUUUAAAUAAGAGGAGGAAAGUAGAAAGAAUCUUUAACCUAAUUUUUACACACACACACCUCUUAAACUUGAAGCUAUUAUAUCCUUUUCUUUCUUAAUUUUAUUUUUUUUCUUUCCCAAUUGUUUGGAUUUUUAAGGGAAAGGGAAGGAGGGAUAUUAUACUAGAUAAAUGGCCAGCUGUUGCGCUUUUCGGAUUUUUUGUUUUUGGAUUUUUGGGGGGUUGGAAUGAAAAGAAGGGAAAGAAGAAUGUGUAAAAGAAGUGUAAAAGAAGAGGAUUUGAGAAGAAGGGGGAAGAGGGAAAGUUUAAAAAAUUUAAGAAAAAAAGGAAGGGAAGAGGGGAAGAAAAACAAUGAAAAAUGGGAGAGCUCUGAGAAAGAAAAAAAUUAAGGGAGGUAAAAAAUUUUUU